AUGGAUGUCCACAAUGGCUGGUCUUCAGAUACGCCUGCAGGACCUCUUUUCAAUCCUCUGCCUCACCUCCAACAACUCAGCCUUGGCUCUUCACCUUCCCAGCAGUCAUCUGGAAAUAACUCCAAGUGUGGCUUUGCUGCCUUUUCAGCCUGGAAUGACACUCAUCACAGCGCUCAUUAUGUUCGCAGUGAUGAUCACAGUUUGCAGCAGAGUGUUCCUGAUGCUUGUGCUUCAUCCACAGCUCCCCCUAUAGUCCAAGAAAGGAAUAUACCGCCAUACUGUCUUCCAUUAAUGAACGAAGGGUCGCCGCCUCUCUACCCCCAGCAUAUUCCCAAUCAUUCCCCUCCUAAUCCUUACAGAGCUGUAGAUCCCUCAAUCUAUUCUCAACACGGAUAUCGAAGUCUAUUAAAUCAGCCUCAAUCACCCACUCAGAGUCUUCCUCCUGUUGGCCCUUCGUUUUUUGAACCUCAGUUAAAUCAACUGCCUGCAUCAGUCACAAUGCUGCGUCCAAGCGUCGGUUCUAAUGAAAACGUUGGAUCUAAUGAAACACAGGCCUCCACCAGCGGUCCCCUCCAGCAGCAGCCGCUGUGGAAUGUUGCAGCCGUCUCUAAAGGGGGCAUAAAUGACUGUCUGCCACAUCCUGCUUCCCUGGACCAUAAUUUGACACCUCAGUCUCCCAACUCUGAGUCCCGUUAUGGUUUGAAUCCUGAACUCUUACCAAGCGCAGUGAAGGUGAUGGCAGAGGACAGAACGGAGUGGGAGGGGAAAGUUUUUAUCUCGGAGCAUUUCUCCCGGCUGCCUCCUCUGGCAACUACAACAUGUGUCAUAGAGGACAGAGGCAACGUGAGCCCCUUGGCCAUCCGCUCUCUGACGUACUGCGUCCCGUGUGACGGUCAGAUGGCGCUGCUCAGCCGGCUGCCAAUAGGAGCGCUGGUUACUCCUUUUAUCAAGCAAACUGCCUCCGAGAAUUCCCUCCCCCUCUGCAGAGAAGCAGAUUGUGUUGUGGGUUGUAGUUGCGGAGCCUCCAUGUGCCCGGCGAUGAGCUGGCAGGACUGUGGUCAGAGGUUUUACUGCCCUUUCUGCGGGAAACUCAGUGAGGUGCCAUGGCAGCAGUACCAGCCCACCGAGGGGGUGGAGGGGGUUCGGGUUGACAGAGACAGAAAGCCGGAGCUCAGCCUGGGCUCCUAUGAAAUACUGAACUCCGGGAAGGGAGAACCUGCUGCGCUCCUUCUAGCCAUAGAUGUUUCUGGGUCUGCGCUGAGAGGAGGACACUUAGAAUUUGUUUCACAUCAAAUCCAAACUGUGCUCGCCUCAUUGAACAGUGAGGGAGGAGAUUCCUGGUCAGAUCUGCGUGUUGGUUUGAUGACGUACGACACCAGGAUCCACCUGUAUGACCUCAGUCCCGACCUGACCCGUCCGCACAUGCUGGUCAUUGCUGACACGGAGGACAUGCAGCUCCCUGUGAGGGCGGGGCUUCUGGUGUCCCUUAAACACUGUAUUGAAAGUUUAGACAGCGUGUUGCAGCUGAUUCCUCAGUUCAGCGCUGAUUGCAGUGACUCCACUGGACUCCCCAUUGAGCUUCCUGUUAAAGCCGGCCUGGCUGUCCUGCAGGGCUUAAAGUGUCCGGGGAAACUGCUCGUCUUCCACAGCGCUGCUCUGAUGGAGACGGGAAACACAACCUCUUCCUCAGGGUUCUUUGGGACCAACAAACCAAAGUCCAUCUUUCAGCCAUCAGAAAAAGCCAUCUCAUUGGCCAAGGAGUGCAUCAGCCAGGGAUGCGGCGUGCACAUGUUUGUUUUGUCACAGCAAGAUGUGGGCGGGGCAUGGCCAGGCCACAUUCCUUAUUUAACCGGUGGAGCUUUGCAUACCUACGGCUACCUCCAGGGCGAACUGGACAGAGAGAGUUUCAGCACAGACCUGAAGCUGAUUGUAGAGGCGGGCACAGGCUACCAGGCUGAGCUCAGGAUAUUCGUCAGCAAAGAUUUACGUGUAUCUGGUUGCUAUGGAAUGUUCGUCCCCGGUUUGAACCCUGGACACGUCACCAUGGCAACGCUUGACAGGAGGACCACUCUAGCCGUGGAGCUCGCACACAGCAAAGCUUUGGAUGAGACAAGAGGUGCAGCCUUACAG